CCUUUCCCGGUCGGUGUGCGCUCCCUCUUUCUAGACAUGGCGUCUCGUAAGGAAGCAGCCAGCAGCGGCAGUUCUUCCGUGGCUACCAGCAAAGCCAAGGCUAAAGCGGCCCCGGGGGACUCCGCGGUGAAGCAAGUGCAGAUCGACGGGCUGGUGGUGUUGAAGAUCAUCAAACAUUAUCAAGAAGAAGGCCAAGGCAAUGAAGUGGUUCAAGGUGUUCUGCUGGGGCUAGUGGUGGAUGACAGGCUUGAAAUCACCAACUGCUUCCCGUUCCCUCAGCAUACAGAGGAUGAUGCUGACUUCGAUGAGGUUCAGUAUCAGAUGGAAAUGAUGCGAAGCCUUCGCCAUGUCAACAUCGAUCAUCUCCACGUUGGCUGGUACCAGUCCACCUACUAUGGCUCUUUUGUUACCCGCGCUCUCCUGGACUCCCAGUUCAGUUACCAGCAUGCGAUUGAGGAAUCUGUCGUCCUCAUUUACGAUCCCAUAAAAACUGCCCAGGGAUAUCUUUCCCUGAAAGCAUACAGACUGACACCAAAAUUGAUGGAGGUUUGCAAAGAGAAAGAUUUCUCUCCAGAAGCGUUGAAAAAAGCAGGCAUUGCCUUUGAAAGCAUGUUUGAAGAAGUACCUAUCAUCAUCAAGAAUGCCUACCUCAUCAACGUUCUUCUUUGGGAGCUAGAAAAGAAGUCGGUGGUAGCAGACAGGCAUGAGCUGCUCAGCCUUGCAAGCAAUAAUCACCUUGGAAAGAGCCUACAGCUGCUGAUGGAUAGAGUGGACGAGAUGAGCCAGGAUAUUGUAAAACACAACACCUAUCUACGCAACACCAGCAAGCAGCAGCAACAGAAGCAUCAGUACCAGCAGAGACGUCAGCAAGAAAACUUGCAGCGUCAAAGUAGAGGAGAGCCACCCCUACCCGAAGAGGACAUGAACAAAUUGUUCAAGCCACUGCAGCCUCCUGCCAGGAUGGAAUCGCUGUUGAUUGCAGGUCAAAUUAACACGUACAGCCAGAACGUCAAGGAGUUCACUGCGCAGAACCUGGGCAAACUCUUCAUGGCUCAGGCACUUCAAGAACCCAACAACUAGGGAGGAAGAUGAAGUCCUUGCAGUCUCUUGCCCAAAGAGGAGAUGCUCAGAAUCUCAGCUCAUUUUUGCUUACGACAUCGUUUUCCAUUGCUCAUUGCAGAAUGAACUGUGAAAUGGACUCAUGUGUUUUAGGUAGAAUUAUCCUAAAGGAAAAAAUAAAAGUAAAAGACCAAUUUAAAA